AUGUCUGCAUCAUACAAACAUCCCAGAUCCCAGCCAAAGACCCGUCGCGUCUCUUUGAGAACGACUGGUCGCAGCGCGAACUUGCCCAGCAGAGGUGGGACUGCCAAUCCCCUUCGCCUCGAGCAUACUUGGGCUGGUCCGAACCGUUCCCUUAGUUCCACUCCGUCCAGCAAUCCCUUCUACAUAGCCCCCAGCGAUACUGCCCCGUCUACUCCCGUUGCCGCUGACAUUGAAGCGUACAAGUUGAGCUUCCCAAAGCUUCCUGUCCUGGAUAGUGGCGGUCGAGCGGAUCAGCAUCGUAUUCAGAAUACACCAACCCCUCUCACUCGCCAGCAUGCUGUUAUUAUCAGCGGCAAGCCUCUUGGUGCUGAGCGACGCACAGGCGGGCAAUUGGAGUUACCGUCAACAGACGCCGAACGUGAGGUUCCUUCCAUCCAUUCGUCUCCGAUUUCUAUCAAGAUCGAGUCAUCGCCGACGAAAUUUGAGCUUGUCCUUAAGGGUAUUUGGCCCACUGUUUCGAGUUCCGGAGACGGGACUCUGAACGCCAACUCGCCAAACCAACCUGGUCCUUCCAAACGUCCACUUGAUUCCUCCAACGAUCGCCAGAAUCGCAAAGCUCGGCGAAUCUCGAAGGCUGACUCAAGCGUGCGCAACCCGAUCGAUGAAUUGGUUCUGCAAUGGGCGAAAGAAGCGUUGGAGGAGGAAGAAGCUGUGACCGAGGAGGACCGUCAUCACCUGCCGAAGUUCACCCGCGGUCCGCCUCCACCAAUGCAGAGCAGAUACAACUUAAGAGAUCGGGCCAAGGUCGUCAAGCGGGAGACCAUUUUCGUAGAGCGAACGGAGCAGGAUUAUAUCAACUUACAUCCGGCAUUCUUCCGCAAAGCUGCCGUCAAGACGUUCAACCCAGCGAACCUGCCCAUUCCGACAAUUGACUUAUUUCAUGGCCUCUGCUCCAGGACGCCACGUGGAUUAACCCUGGUGGAGUUCUCCAAGGUGUUCCUCCAGUGCCAGGUCUGCACUUAUUACCAUUACGCCGAGAGCCUGGGGUUCCACUCAUGUGGCGCAACCCCAGUCCAGACGGAAUACCGUUCAAUCGAGUACGACAUCGGUCUCGAGUUCCUCGGAUAUCGCCGCCGGGGUCUAUCCGAAGAACAAAUCACAGACAUGUUCGUUACAUGUUCGUUGUGCGAGCGCGUUUUCCUUAGGAAGUACAACCGUAGCCAUAUCUGCGAUAGUGAUAAAUAG